GGGGCAGCCCCGCCGGGGCCUCCCCGCGCUGCACGGUCGCUAUGGCGACGGGAGGGGAGCCCGCGCGUGGCGGCGGGAGCUCGGGGCUGUCGCGAUAGAGUGAGGGACCUCGGGGGCCGGGGGGGCUGUCGCGAUAGAGUGAGGGGCUCCAAGAGCUGGUGGUGUGUCGGGGCCCCGCGGGGCUGUCGCGACAGAGUGAGGGACCCCGGGGCCCGGUGGGGCUGUCACGAUUGUAGUGGGGUUCCCGAUUGCCAUCCAUGUGCCCGGCCUGGCAGGGCUGUUGCGACGGGAGUGAGGUCCCCUGGGGCUGGUGGUGUGUGCGGCCCGGCAGGACUGUCACGACAGGAGUGGGGUUCCCAAGGCCGGCUCUGUCGGGACUAUCACAAUAAGAGCAAGGGUUGUCGCAACAGGAGUGGGAUCCCCGGGGCCGGCCCUGCAGGACUGUCGUGACAGGAGUGAGGUCUCCAAGGCCAGCCCCGGCAGGGCUGUCACGACAGGAGUGGGGUCCCUCUGCACCCCAUCCCCUGUGUCCCUCCCCCCAUCCCCGUCCCCACAGGCCUCAGGGGUCCCUGCGGGGGCCGGGAUGGAGGCGGACGGGGCCCUGGACCCUGCGGCGCUGGAGCGGGAGCUGCGGGCGGCGGUGGCGGCCGACGCCAGGCGGGAGCGGGAGAACGACGCCAAGCUGCGGGCCCUGCGCCAGCGCGUCCCCUCCUACCAGGAGUUCAGGAACAUCGUGCUGGCAUCACACCUGAAGCCCCUGGAGAAAAAGGACAAGAUGGGUAUGAGGAGGAACGUGCUGUGGAAUCCCUGUGCAGUCCACGCCAAGGCCCCACAAGCCAGCGACGUGGAAAUACCCCAGGAGCUGGAUCAACUGCCUGGAACCUCUGCCGAAUUUUACAGAGAUUGGCGCAGAUGCUUAAAAAGCGGAAAAGAAAAAUACCAGUUUUUGCUUGAACUGGGAGGAAAGGCCUUGGGCAGAAUCUUUCAGGCUGACUUGGGCUUUGGCCUCCUGGGUGAAUUCCUUACGGUGCUGGCAGAGAACGUCUGUCAUGAAGACAGAGAUGCCGUUCUUCAGAUCUUAGAGAGCCUUUCGGGCACCAAGCGCUUCGGGUUAAACGUGGAUCUUCUGAGUGAGUCGGAGAAGGAGAGCAGCAGGGAUUUGUUUAGGAAGCUGCAGAGCUUUGGGACUGCUGGCCAUCCCAGCAGACCGGCCGGCUGCGAAGCAGAGCGGGAAGCCCACCUCACGAAGCGAAAGGAAGCUGAGGAGAGCAUAGCGAUGGAGCUGAUGAAAUGUUACCAGGUCAACUGAAGGAGCAGAGGCAGCAGGGUCGAGCAGAACCAGAGUGCAGAAGAGCUUGAAUUCAGCAGCAGACAUUGUGCAAGACAGGUAAAUCGGAUACUUCUGAACAUGGCUGUACAUUUCUCUCUACCUGGGAGCCACCCAGAGCACUAGUUCCGCGCAAAUAAAGGUUAGUUACCGAGAGGAGUGUGUUGUGAUCUCUGGGGCAGGGUGUCCUCGCAGAACAGCUCUGUCAGGAUCUCUUAGAUGAGGAGAAAAGUGGGG